CCCGCCCGCGCACUGAGGUGAGGGGGUGGGUGCCAUGAGCCCCGGGCCGGCGGGUGCCCUGCUCGCGCUGUGCUGCCUGCUGGCCUGCCUGCUGGACACGGCCUCGCCGCAGGCCCUCGCCACGGCCACGACCCCACAGGCCUCGACCCGCCAGGCCCAUCAGGUCCACCGGGCCCCCACCCCGUACAAGAAGAACAUCACCAUCGGCUACCUUACGGCCGUCAAGGGAGACCUCAAGGAUCGUCAGGGGCUGGCCGUGUCCGGGGCGCUCACCAUGGCCAUCGAGGAGAUCAACAAUGAUACAAAUCUUCUUCCCUGGGUUAAUCUAAACCUGCGCUGGAAUGACACUCGUGGGGAUACCGUGAUUACCACCCGGUGUAUUGUUGAUAUGUUGUGUGAUGGAGUCUCUGCAUUUAUUGGUCCUGAAGGGCCAUGUCAUGUGGAGGCCAUUGUUGCUCAGUCUAGAAACAUACCUAUGAUAAGUUAUAAAUGUUCAGAUUACAAGGCAUCAAUGGCCUCCACUUUUGCAAGGACAGAGCCACCAGAUAUUCAGGUUACAAAAUCUUUGAUCUCAUUGCUCCGUUAUUACCAUUGGGCAAAAUUUACAAUACUCUAUGAGGAAACAUGGAGUACUGUUGCUGCUUCACUUCAUGAUCAGGCUGUUCAUAACAACAUGUCUGUGCAAGAACAGUUGGAAGUAACUGAUUCUCAUAAGUGCUGUGAAGACAAACUAAAAUGUUGCCAAUCCAACUAUUGGUAUAGACUAGUUCAGAAAACUAAAAAUAACACUCGCAUAUAUGUAUUUCUAGGCAAUCCCAACUUAUUGAUUGAUUUGAUGGGUGCAAUGCAAACUCUUCAGCUCUUUGACCAAGGUGAAUAUAUGGUCAUCUAUGUAGACAUGAUGACACACUCUGUAAAAGAAGCUGUCAAGUAUUUAUGGAAGGUUCCGGAUUAUACCAGUAAACCUGAUUGUUCAUUUGAUGAGAAUUUUCAAAAGAGAGCAAGGUCAUUGUUGGUUAUUGUUUCUUCCCCUCCGACACAUGACUACCAAAAUUUUACUCAACGAGUAAGAUAUUACAAUAGCAAGCCUCCUUUCGUGUUCCCCACCCCACCACUUUUUACUAGCAGUCUGUUUCAAAAGCAUGUAUCCAUUUAUGCUGCUUAUUUGUAUGAUUCAAUAAAACUUUAUGCCCAUGCUCUGGACAAAUUGUUGCGAGAACAUUUGCUGAAAGGUGACUUAACUGAAGAAGAUAUUGAUCGAAUUGCUAGUAAUGGUACUCAUAUAAUUGAAAAUAUAAGAAAUCAAACAUACACAAGUGCUACCGGAGCUACAAUUAAAAUUGAUGAGCAGGGUGAUUCAGAAGGAAACUUUUCUGUCCUUGCUUUAAAACCAUUUAAACUCAAAGUGGACAAUUUUUCAUGUAACUUUCACAUGAUACCAGUGGGACAAUUUCAUCAAGGAAAGUCGCCUGAAUACAAACUCAACUCGCCGAACAUGCAAAUUGAUUGGCCUGGUGGUCACAAACCAGAGGAUGAGCCCAAUUGUGGAUUUAAUAAUGAGCUCUGCCCCAAAGAUCAUUCUCAUCAAGGAGGGGUGGUUGCUGCUGGAACUUUAGCUGUAUUACUUUUCUGUGCAAUCGUUGUAACUGUCAGUAUCUAUAGAAAAUGGAAAAUAGAACAAGAAAUUGAAGGUCUUUUAUGGAAAGUAGAUCCAGCUGAAAUCCGAGGCUAUUAUCAGACUGAUAUGGUUUCAUCACCUAGUAAGCUAAGUCUUGUCAGUGCCACAUCCUAUGAGUCUCGUUACGGUCCUCAAGUAUUUGCUGCUACAGCACAGUACAAAAGUAUUGCAGUUAGAAUAAAAGAAUUGAAAUUUUCCAAAAAGAAAGACAUUUCUCGAGAAAUAAUGAAGGAAAUGAGGCUUCUUAGAGAGAUUCGACAUGAUAAUAUAAAUCUCUUCCUAGGAGCUGCAAUUGAGCCCAUGCGUAUUCUUCUAUUAACUGACUACUGUGCAAAAGGCAGUUUAUAUGAUAUUGUUGAAAAUGAAGACAUUAAAUUAGAUAAACUAUUUAUAGCUUCUCUAGUUCAUGAUCUCAUAAAGGGAAUGCUGUACAUUCACAGUUCUGUCCUUGUCUGUCAUGGGAAUUUAAAAUCUUCUAACUGUGUUGUGACAAGUAGGUGGGUGCUGAAAAUAACUGACUUUGGUUUGCAUGAAUUGCGACACAGUGCAGAGAGUGGUAGCAUAGGGGAGCACCAAUAUUUUCGAAAUCAAUUUUGGAAAGCUCCAGAACUUUUAAGAGACAGUAAUACAUCAAUAAGAGGAACUCAAAAGGGAGAUAUUUAUGCAUUUGCUAUAAUAUUAUAUGAAAUUCUUGGAAGACAUGGACCAUUUGGAAUUCAUAACAUGGAGCCCAAAGAAAUUGUCGACCUCGUUAAACAUCCUCCACCUAGUGGACCAUUCAGACCUGAUGUUGAUAUGCUUAGAGACAAUGACAAUGAAUGCCCUGAGUAUAUAUUACAAUGCAUGCAAGACUGCUGGACUGAAAAUCCAGAGCAUAGACCAGAUUUUCAUGCAAUUCGGUCUCGACUGAAAGGAAUGAAGGAGGGGAAAUAUCGCAACAUUAUUGACCAAAUGAUGGAUAUGAUGGAGAAAUAUGCUUACAACUUAGAAGAUUUAGUAACAGAAAGAACUCGUCAGUUGUUUGAAGAGAAACAAAAAACAGAAGAUUUACUUCACAGAAUGCUCCCUGCGCCUGUUGCUGAUCGCCUAACACGAGGCAUUGGAGUUGAGCCGGAAUCAUAUGAUCUAGUUACAAUAUACUUUAGUGACAUUGUAGGAUUUACAGCAAUGUCAGCAGAGAGUACUCCACUUCAGGUGGUGAAUUUCCUGAAUGAUCUCUACACUUUAUUUGAUCGAAUUAUUAGAGGAUAUGAUGUUUACAAAGUUGAAACGAUCGGGGAUGCGUACAUGGUGGUUUCUGGGUUACCUCUGAAGAAUGACCGUCAUGCUGGAGAAAUUGCGUCCAUGUCCCUAGAAUUAUUAGAUGCAGUGAAAAAUCAUAGAAUUGCUCACCGUCCCAAUGACACACUUAAAUUGAGAAUUGGUAUUCAUACAGGCCCAGUAGCUGCAGGAGUUGUUGGUCUUACCAUGCCAAGAUACUGUUUGUUUGGGGAUACUGUAAAUACGGCCUCUCGAAUGGAGUCUAAUGGAGAAGCACUUAAGAUUCACAUAAGUCCUCAAUGCAAAGCAGCUCUUGACAAGGUUGGUGGUUAUAUCACCGAGGAGCGAGGUCUAGUCAACAUGAAAGGCAAGGGGGAAGUGAUGACAUAUUGGCUUACUGGUGCAACAGAUAAAGCCAUCCAAAAGCGAGAGGUUGAUAUUGCUGAUUUACCUCCCCUAUUUUGUCGACCCCGCCGAAGUCCGAAACUAAAUACAGAUUCUCGACAUGCCUCACUUUGUGGAUUUGGUGGAAUACCUGGAGCUGGCAGCAGGAGGCAAUCAAGUGUGCCUCGCGGUAACAGUCAAGAUGUCGAUAGUUCGUCUACUCUCGGCCUGGGUGGAAUUUCAGGUGGGAGUGUCUUAGGUGGUGUUCUAGGAAGCGGUGGUGUUCUAGGAAGCACAUCAGGAAAUCUGGCGGGUGUUGUUGCUGGAAGUUUGAACAAUAGCAGCAACAAUAGUCCAUCAGGCCGCCCAUUCCGAAAAGUUCAUAUUGCUAGUGGAGGCGAUGCUGCUUCUUCAAAAUCUACUCUUAAUAGCCAGACUCUACAAGAAAAUAAAACUGAAGAUUUAUCACAACAAACACAGCCAAGAACUAGAAGACUUCUCUCCUCUGUAGCCUCUUCAUCAGCCACUGCCGGAUACACUAGUGGUAGCGAUGAAGAAACAGAGCUUUCAAAAUGUGGUCCUGUUCGGGAAUCAAGAUCACUUGAUCCUUUCCCCAUGGAUUUGGAACUAGAGAAGCUACCUAGGAAGCAACCCCUUCUCUCUGAAGUCCGACGGAGAGGGACAAGGUCCUUAGAACACUGUGAAACAUUAGAUCGUGUUCGCCCUGUAUCAGAUAUUCCUUUCCGUUCACACAAGAACAACCAUUGUGCCUUUCCAAAUGGUGCUGUGUCUGGUGUUAGUCCUAGUACAAUAGCUGGUGCAAGCUCAGAAGAUGUUAGAGUGCCAUUAUUAGCACCAGCAGACUCACUUAUGCCUUGUGGUGCUGUGAUUGUACCAACAAAACGAUGGCGGUCUCUAGAACAACUGAAACCAAAUUCUACUGGCAACCAUCCUAUCUAUUUAAGAGAUGGGAAGAAAGCAGACGUUCAGGGCUCAAUUAAAAGUUGGUUAUUUGGUUUUUUUAAUGGCAAUGGGUUACGAUCCAGUGAGACAUCUUUACGGAAAGGAAUGAACAGUGGAUAUAACGAUCUUCAAAGUGAAAAGGAGAGUAUAGUGUGAAAAAAUUUCCGUGCAGAGAAACUCAGUGUAUUAUUGUGUGAAUCAGCACAAUUUUCAGUAGCUCUCUGAGUGAGUGCCUCUUUCUGUGAUUUGCUGAAUGUCAGAACCGUUGGUAUUUGGCUUCUAAAACGGACCAUUUUUUUUUUAACAAGAAAAAAAAAGCUAAGAUACUGUUUUUACAGAUGUGAUGUUCAGUGAUUUUUUAGUCCUCUUUAGAUUUUAUUUGCUUGUGAAGGGUCACUGAGGUUAGAUGAGAAUGCUGUAUGCUUUUUUUUUUUUUAAGGAAAAAAAAAGGCACAAACAAGUAAUUGUAAACCUUGAACCACUGUUCCCUACAAAUCAUCUCUCAUACCUAUUUUACUUUGUUUGUCAUAAGUUGUUUUUGUAAAUAUGCUAAAGAACUCUAUCUAUCCAUCAAUCUUUCUAUAUAUUUAAGUUAAUUAAUCUAUGUAACCACUGAAUAAUUUUUUAAGUGAAUUUCUUUUAUUUUUUAUUUUUUUGUCUUUUUGUUUACCUGGCUGCGCUAGCAUGUGUUAUCAGAAGAAUGACACUACAAAAUGCACAAAAGUGCUUAAUUGUCACCAUGUCACUAUCAUGGUACAAUUUAAUCCUCAGCUUUUUCUAGGAUCCUGAUAGGUAUGUUAAAAUACUAAUUAAAAUACUGUUUCAAAAUGUGUACUUUGGAACCCUCUGAAGUUUGAAGUUUUUAAAACAAUUUUCACAUUGCAAGAAUUUUUUCAAACUUACCUAUUUAUUUGUUUAAUUUUUUUUUUUCAUUGACAUUUUCUUGCAUUAUAGGUCUUCAAUCUGAGCUUAUUGAUUACCUAUAAUUCGUCGAAAUUGGGUACUGUAUAUGCUUACAGCCAGACCAGAGAGCACACAAGCUUCCCUGCUUGCUGUACUCAGUCAAUGAUUAUUGUUUUGAAUAUGAAUUGAAUAUGAAAAGUCACCCGUAUAGUUAUGAGGCUCAUUAUUGUACACUGACCAUUUGUUUCUACUUCUUGUGCAUCACUACAUCUCAAUUUAGGAGAGAGAUUAUAGGCUUGACAUGAUUUCCGAAAAAAUUAAUUUGCUUUGCUGCUUCUAAUUUGGUUGUCCUAGUUUUCCCCCUAUAUCAUUGAUGGACUCCAUUGGAAGCUAUUUGUGUGUUUGUUUGGUGAUACUUUGGCAACCAAGCAAAGUCUUGGUACUAGUCUUUUUUUGUGUGUCCUGUAUGCCCCUGUGUCCAUAUUAUUUGCAUGCAGAACAAUCUCCCUGCUCAUUUAGUUUUUAUAACUCACUAAACUGCAACAAAACAGUUGCUAUUUCAGCAAACUUUUAGGUUGUCACUGUAACUCAGCUGACUAUUCUUGUUUUUAAAUCAAAACAUUCCUUCUUAAUUAAAAAAAAAAUUAACAAAAAAGAAUAAUUUUAUCAGCUUAAAACUCUACAUGUGCCAUCAAUUCUUAUUUUGUGUGUGUGAGUGUGUGAGUGUGUGAGUGUGUGUGUGCAUGCAUGCAUGCUUCAAACAUUGCAUGCUUGUUUUCAUCAUAAUCAUCAAUCAAUGCUGUAUUGACAAUAGUAUAAAAUACUAUCGGGACUCAGGAUCUAUACCAUAAUGUUACUUCACAUGGUUUUGGUUGGUAGAACACUUCAUUAUUGUUGGUCUUUGACUGAUGUUUCAAAAACCAGCUUAUUUUAUUGCAAUUUUAAAAAAAUAAAAAAUUGGACAAAGCUUUUGUAGACUUUUAAGUUUCCACUGAAAGAGGAUUUUAAAUGAAGGUAUGUUGAUUGGUAUGUACUUUUGCUGUAAGCUUGCAGUUCACUUAGGUAGGGAACAAAUGGACAUGUGGAUGAUACUGAGCGUGAAUUUGAAAUUCUUUGCUAGUCACGACUAUUCAUGUGGUAUUCAGUGGUUAUAGAAAUUUUGUGUGAUUUAUAUGAAACCUGUGAUAUUCUCUCAUCUGCUUCAAAAGAUGGUUGUCAGUUUUCAAGGUCUGUGAAUUUCAAAGACAGCAGACACAAAAUUAACUUCUCUUUGGUUUAAGUAAUUCAUGUUUCUGUAGAAAUAGAUUAAAGGUACAUUAUAGUUCAGCUUUGACUUCAUUGUUAGUUUGUUGCAAUCGCUGGGUUCUACUUCAAGGGCGAGCAUUUUCUCAUCGGACUUGCUUGUGUGUAUCUUUUCUUGGUCUUCAUUAUAGUGCUCAUAUGAUUGUUUGGAUUUAUGUACCUCAAAUUAAAAAAAUUAUGUUCCUAUAUACUAACCUUUUGUUUUGCACUCGAUAUUCAAAUAGUGACUGUAGCUUUUUGUAAAAUUUAAGACAGUCUCGAGGCUGCGCACAGCUAUGCUCCGUCACCUCACUACCUGUAGUUUGGUGUGUUUUGAACUUGUCUGAAAAUUGCUGUCUUUGAAUUGUCUGCUUUGAUUGUAAGUACCGUGUGAACCCCAUAGAAGGGGUAAGUUCAAAUAAUGAAGAGAGUUGAUCAAUAACAGCGAUAAUCGCUUGCCCAACCUAUUAAAUGUUUUCUUACGAAGAUUCGUAGUUGCCUCAGGAAAUUGGUUCCACCCACCUUGUGUACUCUUACUUGAGCAGGUGCUGUGGUGUUUAUAAGAGCUUUUUUUUUUGUUAUUGUUGUUUUUAUGGAAGACUGUUAUUUAUAAUAAAACAAUUUAAUGUGGUAAUUAUUUUAUGCACUGUAAUGUGUUAAAACAAAUGAUCAGUACAUUUGGAAACAAAGUAAUGGAACGACAGAUGGCUGUGAAACAUAAUUAUAUUUUAUUCUUUUUUUUCUUUUUAAAUUUAUGAAAUAUACAGAGGAUGUGCCAAUUUUUAAAAUGUGUAUUUUGUGUACGAUGCAGGGCAUGGAACUUCAGCUCCUACCCAUUGUGCUACUUUCACUUACCAAUAUUUUAAACGCAAAGAUGUUUCCAAUUAUCUGAUUAAAAAAUUAGUGUAAUUAUAUAUGUAUGCAUGUACAGUUGUUUUAUAUACAUACAUAUAUAUUUAUAUAGAUGUUGCCGGUUAAUGAGACUUGUUGAAGUAAACUUUACAUUUUAAAUGA